AAAACCACCCAAAAAGUAGUAUUCUUGUUUAUUAAAUUACAAUUUAAGAUGAAAAUUAGAAUUUAGUCUAUAUAUUUCGAUAUUACAAAUAGCCUCUAUGAUUUGAUAAAAUUAUCAUAAAUGUUCAUAAGGUAGGAUUAUUUAUAAAAAUUUUAUCAAACCAUGGAACUAAAUGGUAACUUUCUCUAAACUAUAGGACCAAAAUAUUCAAUUCCACCUGUUUUUUUUAGAUUUCAGUGAAAAUAUGUUUUCCUCUGGCUGAGUCAUAUGAACACAUUAUUUCAUACAAAUGCCGACCCCAAAUACAAGUCAGUACACAACACACAGAGAGAAACAGAGGGAGAAAUGGGAAGUGAAGAAAAGGCAUGGGGAAAUAGUGAAGUACCAAAGCUUCCAUUACUUGCAAUUGCAGCAAUGGAGUCUCCAGAUCGGUCUGGAAUGCUAACCCCACCAGUCCACACCUCAGUCUCAGUCCCAUUUCGUUGGGAAGAAGAGCCUGGCAAGCCCAGGCUCUGUUUCACUUCUCCUAACAUUCCCACUCAAACAAACUCCCUUGAACUUCCACCAAGAUUGUUUCUAAUGGAUCCCAAAAUCCCAAAACUCCCUCCUCCCAUCCCUUCUCAAAAGGGGUUUUUUCAGUUUCCUAAGCAGUGUUUUGGGUCAUUCAGAUUUCAUAAAACUCAGCUUGGAGCCAUGGUUUUGAGAAAGAGAGGAGUACUGAUAGAGAAGGAAUGGUUUUGUUGGUUGGGAAAAUUGAAUUUUGGGCGCAAAGGGGAAGUUGGGUCUGCCUUUGGAAGUGUAUUUCCUUCUUCUCUGGAAGAUGGGAUUGUUGCAGAGAGAAGCAGUUCAAGGAUGAAAGUUGCAGUGACCAAGAAAGUUGGGACCUUUUCUUCUUGUCUUCUGCAACCCAAGGCUGAUUUUUGGGGAAGCAUAGGCGAAGGGUUUAAACAGAUCAACAUUCCAUGGAAGAGCAAAAAAGCAUAAGAAAGAGCACUGGUAAUGCAAUCAUCAGAAUGUUUAUGAAUAAAACUGAGUUUAGCUUGUUGUAAUGUAAAUGCAUCAAAUAAUCGUAAUAUGGAGGACUUAUGCUUUAGCUAAUGGCUAACACUUAUCAUAUUUGACAUUCUUGUACAGAAAUAAUGUUACGAGUCUUAUGAUUUAUGAGUUGAAUCAUCAUUUGUUUUCGAUCAUUUUUAAGAAGGGAAAGACAUCUUCUUAGUCCCCCAUAUGUUUCUUCAUUCUGACUGUUUUAAGAACAUUCAAAACAAGCUUAAUCUUGAUUGGUGGGUAUUGGUGUA